UUGUAUGAUGCAAGGGAAAUAACUCUAACUGACUUCACUGCAGUGAGUGUGAUGGUCGAGAAAGGUGAUCGGAGGAAAGACAAGACCAUGCAAGAAAAAGGAAGCCCACCCCCUACUUCGGAUUUCACAAUCCUCUCCAGUAAUGACCGUUUCUCCGAUAGAUGUAAGGAUGUGUUUAGCUGUCUACAGUCUCUAGAGGACAAACAUGUCGCUUCUGUUGAUAAUGAAGGCGAUGUACAGCUGUUGAAAGCUGACCCAACUUUUGAAGAAACUGAGACAAUAACUCGCAAGUUUAAGAAACCAAACCUUCCUGGAAGUUCAUUUAGUGGACAAGAUCAGUCACAAAGUAAAGAUCAAGGGAGAGGGCUAAAGAGGCCGUCCGCUGAACUGUACGCUCCCCCAUGGCAGAAGAUAGGAGAUAACCCACAAUCAGAUAAUAAAUCAAGAAAGAUUGAUUCUGACUUUAAGUCUCCACCUCCGAGAUUUCCAAACCGACACCAAAAGAAAGUCCCUGACUUUAAACUGAACCCCAGCAAUUGGAAGAAAUACACACUGGAGGAUGUUUCCAGUGAUGAUAUGAGUCAAGCUGCAAAUACAAAGGCAGCCUUCGAUUUCCUCGAAGAGAGGAGGAAGCUGAGGGAGGCUGCGGAGGGGAUGGAGGAAGAGGUGAAGGCUGAUGUGGAGGGCGGAGCGUGCUCACAAGGAGCUAUCAUGUUUAAAAGACCUACCAAAAAGGGAGACAAUUUAAAACAAGAUUCUGAUUCCGCAAAAAUUAUAUCAUCUAGCAAAGUGUGUGAUAAUUUUGAUAAAGACAGUGAUGAUGAUGAUUUAGAAGAGAAAUCACUGGUUAUAAAGCCCAAUGUGACAUUUAAAUCUAAAAAAAGCAAAAGUCAGAGAAAUAUCAGAAAGAAAGAGACAGAAGAGGAUGACUGAAGCAUUUAAAUAAAAAUUGUUUGUACAUAUCUUGUGAAAACUUUUAAAAAUGAAAAAUAAUCAUCAUUUAGAUCUAAGAAAAGCAAAGGUCAGAGAAAAUUAGUAAGAGAGGGAAGAUGACAACUGAAUAAUUUAAAGAGAAUUAUUUGUACCAAGUACAUGUAUAUAUCUUGUAAUUUUUUUUAAAUUAAAGAUGAUCGUCAUUCAGAAGUAUAGUGUGGUUUUAACAUUUGGUCCGAUGACAAUAUGAAAUAUACAGAAAGAGAAAAGUAUGUGUGCUUUAGUAUCAAAGGCAGUUUCCAAAAUGUAAAUGUCUCCCUCUAGACUACUUUUCAUUGAAGUACUUAUGUGUUAUGUCUGAAUGAUUAACCUUUUCACCACUGCAGACCAUAAUGGACUCAUCCCGAUAAAUGCAUGAUAAAGUCAACUAAAGUUACCUAGGGGUGAAAGGGUUAAAAGAUCAUUUACAAAACAUUCAAAGAGCUAUGG